AUGUCCGACGACGACAUCUACGUCGCCCUUCACCAAAUGUGCGAGUUGAUGGGUGAGCUCCGGGGCGCAGCGGGCGCAGCGCUCGAUAUAUGCGGAAAAUAUCUCACCGCGCGCGACGAUUUACGAGCGGGCCAGGCAAAGAUCGAUAUUCUGCAGCAAUUGAACGGGAGGGCAUUGGACUAUGAUAAACUUGAUCCCCGGGCGCUCGAGCGGAUGAUGGAGGGUAUGGUUAAGACGAGUCAGAAGCUGGGGAAUGUUAUUGCGGGUGUGCAGAUUAGCUUGGAGAGGUUGGUAGAUGCCGCCAAGGGGUAUAAGAAGGCGGGGAGUGAGAAGAUGUGGAAUGCGUGGUUGAUAUACCAGAGGCUAUUGCCGUUGGCUGAUGGGUUGUCGGAGGAGUAUGAUGUGAUGGGGGAGUUGUGA